CCUCCAGGAAGUGGUGAGUAGUAGGAUGUUAACUGAAAUUCUAUCGCCAGGCUGUAAGAUAAACCUCAUGGGCAGACUUCACUGCAACAACUUCAGUCUUCUCAUAAUCUGCACUUUUCUGCAGAUGUACCCAGCUGCUGUGCUGGAAGACGCGUGCCGGGGAGGAGAUGUUCUCAUGCACUGCAGCGUGAAGUGGGAACAUGAGAUCUACUGGUUCACCUUGGCAGCCCAGACGACCCGUACCACAAACAUAGCGGUAGUCAUGAACAAAGUCCGGAAUAUGACACGGGGCAGGUACCGGUUCAGCGAGUCGCCGGACAGAACCAUCACCAACGUGAUGACCAUCACCAACGUAACCGCGGGUGACCAGGGUUUCUACCUCUGCAUGGGUCGUGUCAACGGGAAGAUGGUCAUCAGCGAUGCCACUCAGCUCAUCUGCAAGAACGAGAGCGUCCCCACAGCAACCUGGGAGUCCUCCACCAAGACCUUCUCGCUCUGCUGGACGCUGAUGGGAUGCCUCCUGUUCACCACGGUCUCCACCAUCUGUGCACACUGUGGUUUCCUAUGGUAUAGACUACGGUUUAUUCAUUUAGGUACUUUUACAAAGACUAGACGCUAUUUAAAACUGGAUUCAAUAAAACCUUUAUUUUCUGUUAAACGGAUUCAUGAGUCUGUCUUGCCACAAAAGACCUGCAAUAGUCACUUGCUAUCUACUGACGCAAAGAUUCACCAUGGAUGCCGUUCGGCUGUGGGAGGAAAGCAGAGGAGGUCUGCACACAGGAAGCACAUGCAAAAGUGAAAGUGAGCAAUGCCGCUCAUUCCACCGUAGAACAGACACACAUUCAGUGCAGGCACAGCUGAAUAGGUCAGGGUCAAAAAAAUAAAAUCCAGGCCAAAGUUUCUCUGGACCUAAUCUAUGCUGCUCUGACUAUAUGCUGGACUUUCUCUGGUUAUGGGGUAUUAUUUAACAUACUGGUGUAGUAUUCUUGGUGAAGAGGUUCUGCAAUGAACCAUAUUAUGUCCACACAAGCUUUAAAAGCGACUGUUAAGCUUACUGAUAUGAAAUAAAAUAAAAAACAAAACACACAAAUUUGAAAGUUCUUAUAUUCAUGCACAUUUCACAAACAUUUCAGACAUGAGAAAAUCACAACUUAUUUUAGUUUCAGUGAGGCAAAUUAAGUUAGUUAAUUGUAAUUGUAAUUGCAAUUGAGUUGUAAUUAUUAAUCACAGAAUGCACGUUUAUGGCGAAGAUGAGUGGGACACAUAAUGAGAAAACCCCCACAAAAAUCCCAAUUAAAAAGUCUUCAUUGUCCAUAAGCUUCUAAGAUCUCAAUCAGGAUAAAUGGCGUCACUUUCUUGGUCACUUACAGAUACUGUACUAGCCUUUUUUUUCCAAUUAUGAUGUACAGAUAAAAGUCAUUAGUGGUAACCCUAACCCAUGGUCAAAUCCUUUCCCCUUCUAUCAGAGAGCUCUGGAAUUAUACAACUUGCAGAGUUUUAUAAUUGUGUAUCUCCCCUCACAUCCAUUUAUUUACUUCCAGGCUGCAGUGUCACGUUUCAAUUUUGCCCGAUAUAACAUUAUAUGAAAGUACUAUUCAGGUUUCCGAAGAUUACAUUGUUAAGGGAAACCUGGUCACGGUGGUGUUGUGAAACCUCAGCUUCCAUUGAAGCGUUGAAACUGUUCCCAGAUCAGUUUGCCACCAUUUUCAAGUUUGCCAAAGAGCAAGCCUGGAUCUUGGAACAACCCUGAAGGCAUUUUUUGAAGAGUAGUUUCACAGUCACAGUACAUGCACACUGAGAGCAGCACGAAUAUUUCUUUAUAGCAAAUGUAGUGUUUUAAUCAAUUUUUUAUCCUGUUUUCCUCAUUAAAAAUUGCGAAACUAUAUCCUGAAUUAUAUAGUUAUAAUAGCAUUUAAUUAUUCAUGUUGCCUUCGGUUCCACAACCUGGUAUUAGAUAAACACUUGGAAGAUGGAUGGAUGGGUGCUGCUUACCAGAUGCUUAGUCACUCUUCAUAAUCAUUUAAACAGAUGAGACACUUGAUUUAUUUUGCAAAAUGCUGCAACAGCAGGGUCCUUUUGUGACUCGAGACAUUGGCUGUGACCGUUGACCUCUGGACUGGGUCUCACACUGUUGCCUUAUCGCCGACUUGGGUGUCUUAGAGGCGUUUAUCGCUCUCCCUGCCGUCGUUCCUGUGCGGUCGGUUAAAGCAGUCGGCAGUAAUCGCAGGGUUUACGUUUUGGCCGCGGCUGCGGUUCGCUUUAGUUUACUGCAGCCUGUGAGCUAAAGACUCCAGGAGGAAGCAAGGCUAGAUAUUUUUCCCAUUUGUUUGUGACAGUUGGGAUAUUACAAUAAAAAAUAAGCAAAUUUGCCUGUAAAAAUAUAUAAAUAUGUAUAAUUUUUAUCGUAUUGUUUUUCAUUUUUGCUGCUCUAUUCUUAUACUGUCCACUUUCUGCCGUGACGAUGCAGAUUUCCCAAUUGUGGGACUA